UUGUGCCGUGAGAGGGUAGGUUUGGGCCGCAGUGCGUCUGGGCCUGUAAUACAAGCUUCAUGUCAUUCGGAUUGUCUUAAAGACAAGUAUUUGAAAAAUGUUGACUAUAGAGUCACGGCAUGGUCUUCGUAGUUUUAAGCUAUUGGAUUACAUCCCCUUGUUAAACUAGGAGUGAAAAUGAGGGAACAUUACAAUUUGUUUAUACUUUGGAUACUGUCAUUUCUUUGGAUCAGUGUUAUGAGUCUGGAGUGCGGAGAAGUGCCAGAAAAGAAAGGGUACACACUGACCUGUCCUGUCAACACUACAGUUCUGCAGUCUAUCACCUGGCAAGUGUUGAGCGUCAACCAAUACCACGAGGUCAUCACAUGCUUCGCCAAUGGAAAUGUAAAGGUUACCGUAGAUGGCUACCUCUCCACUGGCUGGCCGUCGUGUAACCUAACCAUUCUGUCUUUGAACAGAAACAUGUCACAAUGGCAAUGUACCUGGGAUGGGGGACAAAGUCAACCUUGCAAGUUUCAAGUAUACGCGAACCCAGAACAGCCGACCUGUGAUCCACCUCAGUUUGUCUCUUCCAACACGGCUGUUUCAAUAACUUGUCAAACAGCUCAGAUAUACCCUCAAGGUAUUUGUGCCUUGUAUAACCUGACAGACAUGGGACCUUUAGGUAAUCCUCAGAUCUUUUAUAAGUAUCCUUACUGGCUGGGUAACUCACAGGAAUCCGGCAUGCAGUGUACGUUUGAAUAUGAUCUGAAUCAAUGGAACGAGGCUAUCACAUUGGUGUUAAGAGUGGGGAUGAAAGCGCUAGUGAACACCAAUGAAACAUACAGUGGCAAUGUGUCACUGACUUUACAAUAUCCAGACUCCGAGUUAGAUGGAGACUGUCCACAAGAUUAUAUUAUGCCUGGCUCGCCUGUUUACUGCACUUGCAAGCUCCGUAGACCUGGCCUACCUCCUGGUAAUGCCUACUGGCUUUCAUCAUCUGCGCUGAGGUAUCCCACUUUUGCAAGUGUUAACAAUUCCCGUCGGCUGGAGAUUUUUUUCGAUCCUACAGAUAUUAACCCUAAAUUUACCUGCAGUUCAAAUUCUUCGGUAUUUCAACCAAAAAAUUCAGUUUUUUACGAGCCCAAGUUUGCAUAUGGACCGGACAAGGUGACACUAGAAGCACUGACCAGUCCUAUUCUCAGAUUCUCAAAUGCACCCCUCUCCGUGAAAAUGCUUUGCAAAGUCCUUUUCAGUCAAGUCCGGCCAGACGUGUCCAUCAGCGCCUAUGUUUCCCCCAGCACAUCAGGGCUGACGGUGGAUCCCGUCCAUUUCGACGGGCAGGACUACAUCGCUAGUAUAAAUCUCGUCCCGGAAUCUCCGGGCGCCUAUAAUGUCACUUGCGUGGCACAGAAUACAAAAUUUCCCACAUUAUCUGCACUAAGUAACUUGGUUGUACAAGUUUUUGGAGGCAGCGCCCACGUUAAGGUAAACAUCACAGGCUCCACGGAGAGGAAUCUAUGUAGCAGCGUUCCAGUCUCUUGCUACGUGAUGGCUAAUGGCGUCUACAAUGGUACCUUAUGCUCCAUCUACGCCAACAGCAUGCUUCUCCAGAAUCGGACCUCGUUUGAGAGGGACGUCAGUUUCCCACUCACCCACAACUUUGAGCCGCCAUUGAGUGGGGAAUACGAGUUGGAGUGUGUCGUCAUUAACAUUAAUACAUCCGAGACACUAGGCAGAGACAGAAUCAAGUUAACAAUUUCAGGAGGCUCGUGCGAUGUCAAUGCUAUGGCCAUAGGUCUCGGUGCUGGACUGGGCGGCGCCGUGUUGCUGCUGGCCAUAGUAGUGGUGCUAUUCGUUGUCUGGAGACACCGCAAGAUAGUGACCAAGAAAAAGGACACGCAGACAGUGUCUUUCUCUGUUGGAGACAGCAAGGUCAAGGUUAUUGUCCAGAAGAACGUUCAAGUCGAGAUGAAAGACGGAUACAAGGCGAUGUUUGAACCACCACCGGACUACUUCAUACAGCAAAACUACGACACGCUAAGCUAUAUUGGUAGUAGCGUGGGGACAGCGUCCACUGGCGUGAGUUCUGUCAGGAAUUCUGGCAAUGACCAGGAAGAUGAGAUGUACGCUACUCUGGAAGAAUACAUAAACCCAGUAGACUUAAAGAAGGCAUAUACCACGAAAUAACCAUUGAAGAUAAUGUUAUUAUGUAUUCUUUGUCAAGGACAAAAAAAAAACUUUACAGAGAUGCAAAAAAAAUGUGCUUCCUGUGCGCUUAUGAAUAAAUCUAAUAUAUGUGUUAAGGUGUAAAAAAAUGUAAAUAUCAAUAAUUUAUAGUGCCUAUGUUGUUAAUGUUUAUGUGUUAAAAUUUCUUCGGCCAUGAAAAAUCUAAAUGUGAUCAACUCUGAUAUCUGAAGGACUCUGUCUCCUGUUCAAGCAUGUUCUAAUGUCAGUGUACGUAAUGGCUAUUGGGCCCAACGAUGAACUGCUGACCACUGUAAAAAAAAAUUAAACUGGACUUCAUAUUCAUAAGAUCUCGGAGCUCGAAAAAAACUUCUUACAGGGAACAGUUUUAGAGAAAAAAAAGAGACAGACUAAGGUAUCAAUGUCAUUAAAGAGUGGAAGGGCCUGUCAUUGAAAGAAAUUCUAGGCAAGGGGAGUAGCAGAGAGGAAUGAAGACAGGCUGUCAUCAGAUAAUUUUGGGGGCCCUUUGGGCACUACAACCUAAGGAAUAGCUGAUGUCUAAAUGUGGUUGUAUUUGUAUUAGGAUCAGUAGAUCAUUCCCUUUGACUCGGUCUACCUUGUGUUUUAUAUUUCCAUUCACUACGAAUUGCGAGGCCCAAUUUUAAUGGAUGCUUGCGAGGCCCGUUUUUCUUUUUUCAAAAUAACAACUAUUACUAUUACAUCUUUAUACCAAUAUUUGUUAUGCACAUGCAUAGGAAGUAACUAUAACGGUGUUGAUUAAAAUUACGUCAAUCAUGCAGGAUAAGCCUGCACUAAAUAGGUUAACACAUCUUUAAAAGCACGUCGCUGACAGUGAUAUGCAUAAUGUAUAUUGCGACGCUCCUGCCAGAGGUGGGGCUUAAUUGGAGCAAUCGGUCUAAAGCGGCCCCGGAUAGUGGUUGUAUUUUUUUUUUGAGGUGUGGUUAGGGGGAAGAAAGCUUUAUAAACAGGAUCUUAUAUUCAUUUGUUUCAUUGCAAAUACAAAUAGAUGUUCCUGGCAAGUUAUCAUACAAUAUUGAGACGUUGGUCAAGCUGCAAUUGUCAGCGGAGAGACCCAAGUCAACACUUGUUCUUUCCUUGAUAGCGCAUUCUGUUUGCAAAGCAAAAAAACUGCCUUAUAAGAAUGUACCACCAAAUAGAGAAAUUACAUAAUUAAGCAAUUAUCACACUUCAAAAAUCGCUAAUGUAAUGGAAAUAUCAUGAAAAUAGAAUAAACGAAAGCAAGAUAAAUAAUUCAAAGACUUAUCUCGAGAGAGAAAAACGUCUAAAUAAAUGGAAGGUUUACUCAGCUUCUGUAUUAGGAUAGAUCUAACCAGAACAAUAUAAACAAUGUUGUUGUUUUUUUAAGAUAAAAAUCUUAUAUUGAGUAAAAAUGCAUACGUUAUUAUGAGCCAAUCUAAUUAAUUUUUUCUAAAUAUAUGUAGACUAAUAAUAAUAAAUGUCUGCACUUUGAAAUGCUUUUUGUUGAGCGCAAUUUUACGCUGUAAGGAGGCUCAAUCACUUUGUUGAUACGUUUGUGAGGAGGGGGCAGGAAAAGCCUCUGGAAGGUUUCUUGAUGCUUUUUUAAAAGCUUUUUUCGAGUCUGAAUUCCAACUAGGGAUCUUGAGUCCCGUGAUGGAAGCAAGCCCGACGCGUUAGCCACUGACCUAUUCAAGUGUUUAUAAUAAUAGUAGUUUUUUUUCCUUAUUGUAACUUUAAAAAAUGUAACGAUCCACCUGGCUCUCUACUCUAGGCCUCUAUCUCUAUAGAUAAGUAUAUUUUCUAUAUAAAACAAAGUUACGACUACUUAUUAAACUAAUUGGCAAUUUUUGUUUCAUUUAACAAGAGAGAAAGAGAGAGAGAGAGAGAGAGAAGAUAGAAAGAAAGUUAGAGAGAAUGUAAUAGAGAGAAUGAAAGAGAAAAUAAGUGAAGGAGAGGAAAAAAAAAAGAGAAUGUGAUCAAGAGAGAAAGAGGGGUAAAUUAAAUAGAAAGUGAUUGAAAAAAUAACGGUGGGAGAGAGAGAAAAAAAAGAGGGAGAAUGUGAUUAGAAAUUCAGAGAAAAAGAAUAGAGUGACAAUAUGAAAGGAAUGCGAGAGAAAUAAAGAGAGAGGGAGGAAGAGAAUCAGAGAGAGAGAGAGAGUAAGAGAGAGAGAGAGAGAGAGAAUAAGAGUAAUAAAGUACAUUUCUAACAAAAAUUCUUUAAUGUCUAAAUAAUUGUAUGUUUUUAUUUUCUGUUUAACCUUGUAUAUAAAACUGUAAUUAUGACCAAUGCUUACUUUUUUAUAGGUACAUGGACAUAGUGAGUACAUUAAUAACUGCUAUCCUUAAUGUGUACAUUUUCUUUGACUUGUACUUUUAUUGCUGUUGAGAACGUAUUCAAACUAUCUACAAGAAAUAAAUAAAAAUUACUAUUGUAUUUACAUAA